CCCGGCGCGCAACGUAAUGCGUCAUUCAUGGCAGACUAACUUAACUUGAAUGUUGCCAGUUCGUAUUGCUAAGUCUCGAUUGCGGAUCAGAUCUCGGGGCAGAUCUGAUCCCUCGACGUCAUCGAGACUGUCUCGGGCUCUAUAUAAAUCCAGCCCGCUCGUAGAACUCUGAGCAACCCCCACUUGAACGCAUCAACAAAGAACGCCAGGCUUCUGUUAUAUAUCAAUUAUCAACAUGACGAAAACUGCUUUGAUCAUCGGAGGCAACGGCAAAGUCAGCCGUGCUCUCACACCUCUUUUGACGGGAGCCACUCCAGCGUGGAAGGUUUACAGCCUUAUUCGCAAUCCAGAUCAAAAAUCCGCAGUUGAGGCCCUUGGUGCCGAGCCAAUCGUGAAGUCUGUCGAGGAUGCCAGCGUCGAUGAACUUGCGGCAACUUUCCACAAGUGCUUGCCCGUGGACGUCGUAAUCUGGUCAGCAGGUGCCGGAGGGGGAGACCGAAGCCGCACUGAAUCUGUCGACCACCUUGGGGCUAUCAAGGUCAUGGAUGCAUGCGCAAAGGAACACAUCAAACGAUUCAUCAUCGUCUCGGCGUUAGACUUGCGGGACAGAAACCUCGAUCCACCUUCGUGGUACAACGAUGACGACCACCAGCAAUCGGAGAAAGUGUGGUCUGCUAUAGGACCAUAUAUGCGUGCCAAAUUCGCUGCAGACAAAGAACUUGUGACUGGCAAUGAUAAGAGAGGGCUGGAUUACACCAUAGUCCGUCCGGGUCAUCUUACCGACGACGGUGCGAAGGGCACCAUCAGUGCUGGACACGUACAUCUAGGAACUCCAAUCGCUCGCGCUGAUGUAGCGCAGACAAUACUUGAAUGCAUCAAAAACGAUGGCACCAUCGGCAUGGCCUUUGAUGUCGUAGGUGGUGAGAUGGCUAUCAAAUUGGCAGUCGAACAAGUUGUUGCCAAAGGAGAGGACUGCUUCAAGGGAUUCUAUUAAGCGAUCAACUGUUAUUGUACAUCCAAUAAUAUAAAAUGAUUUGACGACCCAUCAAGCUGAGGCUUGACACAUGUUUCUUCAUGACAAGACCCGCGUCUUAACAUCGACCUUCUAUUCUUGUUCC